AUGUCAUCGGAUAUACUUGAUGUACUAAUUAUUGGUGGUGGUUUAUCUGGUCUAUCAGCAGGAAAUUAUUUGUUCGAUAAUAAUGUAAAAAAUUUUAAAAUUCUUGAAGCUCGUAAUCGUGUUGGAGGACGAACAUGUACGAUUAAUUAUGAACAACGUUCAGUUGAUAUUGGUGGUGCUUAUGUUGGUCCAUUUCAAAAUCGUAUUCUACGUUUAGCACGUGAAUUUAAUAUUGGGACAUAUCGUAUUGAUUAUAAAGGAAAAAAUGUUUUAACACUUACGAAUGGACAACGAUCAGUAUAUAAAGGUACAAUUCCAACAUCCGUUGGUGUAUUUGCCUUACUUGAUUUAAAUUAUUUAUUAUGUCGAACACAAGAUUUAUGUGAUCAAAUAUCAAAUUUAACACCAUGGUCAAAUGAAGAUCUAUCAUCAAAAUAUGAUGGAAUGACUGUUGAGGAUUGGCUUGUAACAUUAGGUGAAACAGAUGAUGCAAAAGAUAUUUUCCGAGCUGCUGUUCGAACAAUACUUUGUGUUGAACCUGAUGAAGUAUCUAUGUUUGCAUGGCUUUCAUAUGUGAAUAAUGGAUUAGGAAUAAUGCGUUUAAUUGAAGUUGAAAAUGGUGCACAAGAAAGAAAAUUUAAAGGUGGAUCACAACAAAUAUCAAAUCGAUUAUGUGAAAAACUUGGUUCAGAUCGAGUUUUACUUAAUCAUGUUGUUAAACAUGUACAAUGGUCUUUAACAACAAAUUUAAUUAAAGUUACAUGUGAUAAUAAUGAAGAAUUUUCAUGUCGUCAUUUAAUUAUUGGUUUAGCACCGUCACUUUAUAAAACAAUUCAAUUUGAACCAGAAUUACCACCGAAAAAACGUGAAGCAACUGAACGAAUGUAUAUGGGUUCAAUUAUUAAAACAAUUACAGUAUUUGAUCGACCAUUUUGGAAAGAAAAUGGUUUUUCUGGUAGUGUUCUUGAUACAUCACAUGCAUCAAAUCCGGUUAUUUUCUCUUAUGAUGAUUCAUCAGAUGAACUUCAAUUUUAUGCUUUAAUGGGUUUUAUUGUUGCCGAUUCAAGUCGUAAAUGGGCUAAAUUAACACGAGAUGAACGUCGUCAAGCUGUUUGUGAACAAUAUGCUCAAGCAUUUCAAUGUAAUGAUAUAUUAACAGGUUGUCGUGAAUAUAUUGAACAAGAUUGGUCGGCCGAACAAUUUAGUGGUGGUUGCUAUACUGAUAUAAUGCCAAAAGAAUUACUAUCAUCAUUACGUGAACAAUUAUGUACACCUUGUGGUAAUAAUGGACAAUUGGUUUUCGCUGGUACUGAAUUAGCAACUCGAUUUUCAGGAUAUAUGGAUGGUGCAGUACAAGCAGGUGAACGAGCCGCAUUUGAAAUUAUUACGAAAUAUUUAAAAGUCGAUACUGGAAAUGUGACACUUAAAUGGAUAGAUGAAGAGCCAGUCGACGCUAGAGAAGAAUGUCGAUCAUCUAAUAUUAAUGAACUUAUGUAUCGACCAUCAAAAAUUGAAAUGUUAUUACCAAAAGCAUCUACUACAAAAACAAUUCUAAAAAUAACUAGUAUUGGUCUAGUUGGAUUAAUUGCAAUAUUUAUCAAGUCACAUUAUUUUUAA